AUGUCAAGCCCAUCUGCAUUAUUUUAUGAUGAAAUGCAAGAACCAAUAGAUGUAUUGUCUGGUGACAAAGCUCAGAAACCAACAUAUAAGUUGUCUUGUGAUAAAGCUCAGGGGCUGACAAGCAUGGCUUAUGAUGAAUUUAAUGAUAAUGAAUCAAUAUCUGCAGAAGCUGUUAGUGAAUCUUCUAAAAAUAAAGAUGGAUUAAUUACAAUUGUGAUGUGUAAAUUUUGUAAUAAAAACUUAAAAAUUCAAGAGGAUGAAUCAAUGUCAAGUUUUAGGAAACAUCUUAAUACUAAGCACAGAAAUAAAGUACCAGAGUUAAAAAAGUCAAAUGAUGAUAAUAAUAAUAAAGUACAGUGUGUUUUAGUUUUAGACAUGUUAAAUAACAAAGCUAAUGAAAAGCAUAAUCAUGAACUCUUUGAUCCUAAAAAAUUUACUGAUCUUGUUAAAAAAUGGGUUAUUAAGCAUAAUUGGUCAUUUCACAUAGUUGAAGAUGAUGUCUUAAAUCAAUAUUUACAUAUUUGGAUCCUCAUGCGAAAGGUAUAA